AUGAGCGGAAAUCAUGCUGACGUGGAGACUAAAGAGUUAGGCGAAGAGAAGCAAUCGAGGAAGGAGUUAGGGAGUAAAGGGCCGGAAAAAGGGGAUCAAGAAGCGGAGGAGAAGGCUGAGAAGGGAGGGAGGGAGAAAGGUGAUAAAGGGGAGGCGGUGAAAGGCGAUAAGGGGGAGGCAGUGAAAGGCGAUAAGGGGGAGACGUUGAAAGGUUAUAAGGGGUGGACGGUGAAAGGCGAUAAAGGGGAGACGAUGAAAGGCGAUAAAGGGGAGAUGAUGAAAGGUGGUAAGGGGGAGACGUUGAAAGGCGAUAAAGAGGAGGCGGUGAAAGGCGAUAAAGGGGAGACAAUGAAAGGUGAUAAAGGGGGGACGACGAAAGGCGAUAAGGGGGAGAGAGAGGACAAGGAUGGAAAGGGAAAGAACCCGAAGGGCGGGGGGAGAGGUGAAGAAGGGAAAGAGGGAGGGAAGCAAGGGAUGGAUGGGAAGGUGAUUGGUAUGGUGGGACUGGGAAAGACAACGAGCGAAGGCGCAAGGAAGGAGAAGGAGACGGGCGGAAAGAAGGGGAAAGGAGGGGAGGAGGAGGGGAAGGAGCGACGGGAAACGAAGGAAGGGAAGGCGGAGGGACAGAGGGAGGAGCGAGGGAAAGGAGGGGAGGAGGAGAAGGAGGGAAAGGAUGCGAGGGGAAAUGGGAAGGAGCGGGAGGAGGAUAGAGGGAAAGGGAAGGAGGAGAAGGAGAAAGGGGCGACGGUGGAGGCGGGGAAGGAGAAUGGGGGAAAGGACGGGAAGGAGAAGAAAGAGAAGAAGGAGAAGAGGGAGGAGGGGAAGGGAACGGGAGGGAAGGAGGAUCUGCAGAAGAAAGGAAGGGAGACGAGGGCUAAGAUCGAGGAGGGGGAUGAGAAGAGAAAAGGGCAUGAGGAAGAGGGGGGGGAGAAGAAAGAGAAGGGAGAGAAGAGCGAGGAGAGGGAAAAGGAGGAAGUGAAUCGUGGUGAGGUGAAGGGGGAGGGGAAACAGAAAGUGGGGAAUGAAGAGGAGAGGAGAGAGGAGAACGAAAGGAAAGAGGAGAUUGUGAGAAAAGAGGAGGAGGAGGGAGAGAUUGCUGCUGACGAGUGCAAAAAGGGGAAGGAGAAAGGAAGAGGCGUUGAAGCAGGGGAGGAAGGAGAGAUUCAGGAGGAAGAGACGAAGAAGAGUAAGGAGAAGGAGAAGGAUAAGAGGGAGGAGAAGAGGGAGGGGGGUGAACAAAAGAAGGAGAGGAGGAAAGAGAAGGAUGGAGAGCGGAAGGAGAAGAAGGACGAAAAGAGGAAGGAAGAAAAGGACAAGGAUGAGAAGAAGGAAGGGAAGGUGAAGGAUGAGAAGAAAGAAGAGAAGGGGAAGGAUGAGACAGGAGAGGUGAGCCGAGGCGAAGAGAGACCAGAGAAGAGGGAGAAGAGAGGAGAUGAAGAGGAGAGGAAGAAAGAGAGGAGAAAGAGGGAUGAAAAGGACGAGGAGAGGCGGAAAGAGAAGAAGAGAGAGAGGAGGGAGGAAAGGAGAGCAGAGGAGAAAGGAGAGGGGAAGAGGAAGGAGAGGAAGACCGAGGAAGGACAGGAUGUGAAGUCGAAAGAGAGGAAAGAGAAGAAGGAGAAGAGGGAAAAGGAAGAGAAGCGGGAGAAGAGGAGUGAGCAGCCUCUUUUGAGCCCGGGACACUCAGGAAAAGGAUCGGAGUCUAUAGCGAGUAUGGCCAGUCCGGGGGUGAAUAGUCUGGAGGAGGGAGAGAGGAGGAGGAGUGUGGAAGGGCGGGGGGAGAAGAGUGAGGAAGGGAAGGAGGCGAAGAGGAAGAGGGAGGAUAAGGAGAAGGAGGAGAAGGAGAGGAGGAGAGAGGGGGGGAAGGAGGGGAAGAAGGAGGGGAAGGAUGAGAAGGAUGAGGGUAGGAGGAGGGAGGAGAGGAAGGAGAGGAAGAGGAAGGAGAAGAGGGAGAGGAGGGAGGCGAGGAAAGGGGAAGGGAGGGAGGAGAAUAAGGGGAAGGGGAAGGGGGGUGAUGAUGAGAAAGGAGAUAGAGAAGAGGGAAGAGAAGAGGUGAGAGAGGAAAAGAACGUGGGGGAGAAGGAGGGGUUGAAAGAUAGUGACCAAGUGAAGGAGGAGAGGAGGGAGGGAGUGAGACAAGGGGAGCAACGAGGGACGGUGGAGAGCAGGGUGGAGAAAGCAGAGGGGAAAGGAGGGACGGGGGAGGGCAAGGAGGAGAAUGUAGGGGCGAAGGAGAAAGCAGAGGAGAAAGGAGGGAUGGGGAAGGGCAAGGAGGAGAAAGAAGAGGCGAAGGAGAAAGUAGAGGAGAAAUCAGAGAAGAAAGCAUGGAUGGGGGAAAUCACGGAGGAGAAAGAAGAGGAGAAAUCAGAGAAGAAAGCAUGGAUGGGGGAAAUCACGGAGGAGAAAGAAGAGGCGAAGGUGGGGCAGAAAAUCAAGGAAGUGGAAGGGAAUACAACGGGGAAAGCAGCGGAAACAGCAAAGGCGAAAGCAGAGGAGAUUGCAAAGGAGAAAGGAAAGGAGGAGGCAAAGCAGGAAGCGCCAGAAGCAGUGGCUCAGCAGAAUGAGACGACGGGCAGCGGUGGUGUGCGUGGGGAGGAGGGGAAGGGGAUGCGUGAACAGGAAGGCGAGGUGACUUGCGAGUCGAAUCAAGAGGAAAAGGGGAAGCUUGGAAAGGAUAGGGAUGGUCAGGAGCAGGAGCAUGCUCAAUUCAAGGGAGGUGGGGCGACGUGGCCAAAGAAGAUAGCAGGAGCGAAAUCAGGGGUUGGGGAUGGGCAGAGACAGGAGCGUGCUGAACCAAAGGAGGAGAGCAAGGAGAAAAAGGAUGUUCAGAAGGGGUUGACGGGAGAAGCGGGCUUGGAUGGUGAGGGGCAGCAAUUAAGAGCUGAGCCUGAGCGUGUGCUUUCAAAGGGUGGUGAUAUGGACGAAGGGAAAAAGGGGUUGGCUGAUGUGACAGUAGCAGGGGAAAGAGAGCAGGUUAAGGAAGGGGAUAAGGGAGAGGGGGGAGAUGAGUUGGGAAGAGCUGUCUCUGCUUCUGCCUCUGCUUCUGCCCCUGCUUCUGUCACCGCUUCUGCCCCUGCUUCUGUCCCCGCUUCUGCCCCUGCAACUGUCUCUGCUUCUGUCUCUGCUCCUGUCUCUGCUUCUGCCUCUGCUUCUGCACCUGUUUCUGUCCCUGCUUCUGCCGCUGCUACUGUCCCCGCUCCUGUCUCUGUUGCUGCCCCUGCUUGUACCCUUGCUGCCGCUUCUGCAUCAUUCCCUGUUCCGCCACCCGCCCUUGCUACAGGUGCUACUUCCCUUGCCCCAACUCCGGCCAGUUCUCCUGCUGCUGUUCUCACACCAUCUAUUGCGUCUCCCCUCCCUGCUGCUACAGCCGCCGUCACUCCCUCUGUAACAGCCGCCAUCACCCCCCGUGCUACAGCCUCCACCCCCUCUUCCACGUCUCCUCCUGCUGCAUCUGCCACAUCCCCUGCGACAGCCGCGACUCCUGCUGCUUCAGUCUCCCUUCUUCCUACCACUGCUGCCUCCGCUCCUGCUACAGCCGCCACCUCCCCUGCGACAGCUCCUAAACCCAAGGCGCCUCAAAAACCCUCCAUCCCUCACUCCACCGCUCCUGUUCUCAACCUCUCCCUAGCACCUCCGUUCCUAGAGCCUCAGGACCUUCCUCUAGUCUCUCAACCCCUCCCCAUCGACUCGAGACAAAAUCUGCAAAAAUCUCCUUCUGUAGGGCUGCCUAAGAGUGCAUUCGAGUCAUCACAAGAAGAUUCUCGGAAGGAGCUGGCGCCGCGUGACCUGCCUCCAACUGUGCCGCCUCCCUGCGUGGAUUCCCAAGCACUGCCUCUCAAGUCAACUAAAGAAGAUCCUUGCUUGGAGUCCCAGGGCUUCCGUUUUGGCUCGACUCAGGAACCUUCCCGGCAGGAGCUGGUCCCACAUGACGUCCCUCCCCCUGUGCUGCCGCCACGCCUGGACUCCUCGAGUGAGGAACCUUCCUGGAAGGAGUUGGCGCCGCCACGUGACAUUCUUCCCCCAGUGCUGCCGCCGCGUGUGCGUGUGUCGAUCACUCUCUCUCCGGAGGAGGUGGAGGCGGAUUUCAGAGCAAUCACGGGGCAACCCCCGCCCCAACUGCCUAUGAAGAAGAGAAGGUGGGCUCACGUGUUUCUAAAUUGUGUUUUGAGUCGGCUUAUAACACAGCGGCCGUGCGUGCGUGUGUCGAUCACUCUCACUCCGGAGGAGGUGGAGGAGGAUUUCAGGGCGAUCACGGGGCAACCCCCGCCCCAACUGCCUAUGAAGAAGAGAAGGAAACUCGAGGCGGCAAACGGGAAACUCGAGGCGGCAAACGGGAAACUGGAGGCGGCGAACGGGUGGGUCGGGGUAGCCCCUGCAGGCAUGGAUGAGCUUCUGCCUCUUGCAGCAGAACCUUCUGAACCUUCUGAGAAGCUUCCUCUCCCAAGCAGCAGCAACAACAGGGGCAUGCAGCAGCCGGGUAUGGAACCGACAGUGCCUUUCAAUCAACCUUUUGACUCGAAUCUGGAAGAGCCAAGGGGAGAAUUCGAGGAUAGAAAGAUUGGUCUGGUGCCACCCCUUCUGUCACGGCGGUCUCUGUUGGCAGCACAGGAAAAUGUGCUGGUUGGCAAUGGCCUGGCUGCUCGAUCCGAGGAUGGGGUUCGCCGAAAGGAGGGGGGUGGCUUGGUGGUGGAAAGGAGGGAGGCUGAUUGGCAGUCUUCGAAACCUCUCCUGUCCCUGCCUCCCUCAUCGCUUCUCCAUCCUCCGAUGGUGUUUUCGGGUCGUGAGCAAAUGCAAGAGAAGGAGAUGGAGAAAGAGAAGGAGAAAGAGAAGGAGAAAGAGAAGGAGAAAGAGCAGGGGGCGUAUAGUAAGGGUGGGAUCGCUGGCGCUGCUGCUGUUGGUAGUGCUGCUUCUGGUGAUGCUGCCUCUGCUGCUGCUCGUGCUGCGAAUGGUGCGUUGGGAAUGCAGAUUGACGGUUUUGGUAGGAGCCUUGAGGAGGGGAAGGAGGGAGAGGGGGAGAGGGAGAGGGCGAGUGCGGGAGGAGUGGGGAAGAAGGAGAAGGGGGUGGAAGGAGAGGGGGUUGGGAAAAGGGACAAGGAGGGGAAGAAGAAAAAAAAGAAGAGGCAUGAGAAGGAUCGAGAGGGGAGAGGGGGGGAGAAAGGGGAGGAAAGAAGGGAGGGUAAGGGAGAGGGUAAGGUUGAAGGGAGGAAGGAAGAGAAGGGGGAGAGCAAGAGGGAAGGGAAGCAUGAAGGGGAGGAGAGGAGGGAGAAGAAGCUGAAGAAGCAUGGGAGAGUGGAGGGAGGCGAGGAGCGGAGGGAUGGUAGAUCGGCAGAGGAGGAAGAAGGCAGGUUGAGAAUUUCUGCGGGAGCAGCAGGAGCAGAAACAGGAGGAGAAGGAGGGGCAGCAGGCAGAGGUACUGGUUUGGUGAGUGAGGUUUUGGAGGAACAGGAGAUGGAGAAGAGAAGGGGGGAUGAGAGAGGGGAGAAGGAGAGAACGGAGAGGGAGAGAGAGAAGGAGAAGGUCAAGCAUAAGACGAAGGACAAGGAGAGGGAGAGGGACAGGGAGAGGGAAAAAGAUAGGGAGAAGGAAAAGGAGAAAGAGAGGGAGAAGGAGAGAGAGAGGCGACUUGUGGAUGUGGAUCGAACUGUGCUUGCUUCUCUGCAGGCAGAGGAGCAAGCAGAGGAGCAGAGAGAGGAGGAGGAGGGGGGCAAGGAGGAGGAGAAGGAAGAGAGAGAUGGGGAGAAGAGGAGAGGAGGGGUUGGGAUUUGGCAAAAUUCAGACAAGAUCCGAUUCGAUUCUCUAGUGAGGAGAGAUAGGCGGGAAUUGAUUGCGGAGGGACGGAUGGAGGAAGAGAGAAGAGAGGGGGCAGGCGAGCAUGGGAAUGGAGGCGUUAGGGGAGAGUGGGAAAGGGAAGGUGGAGAGGAGAAGGGUGGGAGGGGGGAGAGGGAGAGGAGAAGGAGAGGUAAGGAGCGGGUGGAGGGAGGCUCGGGAGGAGGCUCGGGAGAAGGCUCUGAUGAAGACUCGGAGGAGGAUUUCCCUGGGGAUUACAGGGAGGGACAGGUUCGGAUGAGGAGGAAAGAGGCUCGGAAACGCAGGAGGAUGUUUGGGGAGUAUGGGAAUGGGGAGGAUGGGGAGGAGGACAAUGGGAUGGGGAUGGAGGAGGAUGAAGGGGAGGCGGAGGGAGGGUUGGGGAUGGGUGGGUCUGAGUGGUUUCUAGCAGGGUUAUCCGGGGGACUAGGAGGAACGGGAUUAGGGGUAUUUGCAAAUUCAUCUCCUUCAGCUACUGCCGCGGCAGCUGGGUCUGCAGGGGGGGGAGCAGGGGGAGGAGCAGGGGGAGGAGCAGGGGGAGCCGGGGGAGCAGCAGGAGGAGCACCAGGAUCAGUACCAAAGAGGAGACGAAGCUCAAGAAUAGCAGAGAGGGUAGAAAAGCGAACAUGGCGAUCCAUGGAUUUAGGCUGGGUGGCCGGUGCUGCUGCUGCUGCUGCCGCCGCCGCCGCAGCAGCCGCAGCUAACUCUGCUGCUGGUUCUGCUGCUGGUGGUGGUGGGGGGCAUAAUGCGAGUUCUAGGGGAGGGAGGAAAGGUGCUGGGGUGGGUGUGCCGGCUUUCAGGCAUCCGGGGGUGCCGGGAGUUAUGGUUAUGAUCCCACCGGCGGAAAUCGUAUCGGAUUUUGUACAGAUCACGGGGAAUCCGCCGCCGCCGCCCAAGAAGGGUUACCGUUAUUGGCGAAACUUCAUCCCUUUCCAGGUAUGGCUGCAGAUUCUUCUUGUCUGA